AUGCCUGCGAGCCUCCAAGGUGUGCCCGUGGCUUACGACAACAUCAAAGUCGUGGGUGAGCUCGGAGACAUUUACGAUGACCAGGGGUUCAUCCAUCUCAACAUAGAGGCGGACUUCAUCAUCUUCAGCCCGAAGAAAGGGAAGAAACUGGUGGGUGUAAUUAAUAAAGUAGCUCCUAGUCAUAUUGGCUGUCUGAUACAUGGAUGUUUCAAUGCUUCUAUCCCUAAACCUGAGCAAAUGUCAGUUGUACAGUGGCAAGAAUUGGGGUUAAAAAUAGGGGAUGAAUUGAAGUUUGAAGUAUUGCACUUAGAUUCUGAUGCAGCUGGAGUGUUCUUCAUUCGUGGAGGACUGACUAAAAACAGUUUGAAGCGCAAAAGAUCUGAGACGGUCACUGAUGGUGCAAAUGGAGGUGAAAUCCAAAAGCCUGAAUGUGAGGAAAAUGGUUUGAUUAACUCUGGGGGAGAAAUUGUUUCAGAGGAGCCUCUAGGUGAUACAAAUAAUACUGGGAGGGAAAAUGCAGAAGAGGAAACAGUUGAUGCUGUAAAUGGAAUAUGUGAUGGUAAAAUCAAGAAAAAGAAAAAGGAAAAGCAUAAGCAACAGGAACAUGUAUUGCCUACCAGUGACUCUAGUGGUUACCAAAGUGACCAUAAAAAGUCCAAAAAAAAGAAAAGGAAGCAUUGUGAUGAAGCAGAAGAAACAGAGUUAUCCCAACAAUCACAAGGACCCAAAGCUAAGAAGAAAAAGAACUAAAGUCUGAAGUGCCUUUCUUGAAUAAGUUUUCAGACAUUUUUGGUAAACUUCAAAUAAAACCAUAUUUUCAAAAUGUGUGUGUGGAUUUCCUUACUAAACAACC